AGAUCCAAUGGCUGCUCUCUCUUACAAUAUCUUUAUCAUCAUCUUGACCAGACACAGAUUGAGAAUGGCUUCUACAAUCACAGGAGUUAGUGUUGGUUUAGGACUUUCAUGUUCUACAACAAGAAAGCUGACUCAGAAAAGAAAUCCUUCAUCAUCAAGGUUGUCUUUUUGCAGCAUUAAAAUGGCUGUCUCUGUUGAAGAAGAGAAAAAGAAGAAGAGUUUCACUCUUGAAAAAUCUGAAGAAGCUUUCAGCGCUGCUAAGGAAAUGAUGCCAGGAGGUGUGAAUUCACCUGUACGUGCUUUUAAAUCUGUUGGUGGACAACCUAUUGUGUUUGAUUCUGUCAAGGGUUCUCACAUGAGGGACAUUGAUGGAAAUGAUUACAUUGAUUAUGUUGGUUCUUGGGGGCCUGCUAUAAUUGGUCAUGCAGAUGAUGAGGUACUUGCAGCCUUGUCUGAAACAAUGAAGAAAGGGACCAGCUUUGGUGCCCCUUGUCUUCUAGAGAAUGUUUUGGCAGAGAUGGUGAUCAAAGCAGUUCCAAGCAUAGAAAUGGUACGAUUUGUUAACUCAGGCACAGAAGCAUGCAUGGGUGUGCUUCGCCUGGCCCGUGCCUACACUGGACGGGAGAAGAUUAUCAAGUUUGAGGGCUGUUACCAUGGCCAUGCUGAUCCAUUCCUUGUCAAAGCAGGUAGUGGUGUUGCAACCCUUGGGCUCCCAGACUCGCCUGGUGUCCCCAAAGCAGCAACCUAUGAAACUCUAACAGCCCCCUAUAAUGACAUUGCUGCUGUGGAAAAUCUUUUUGAGAACAACAAAGGAGAGAUUUGUGGAAUAAUCCUUGAACCUGUUGUGGGAAAUGCUGGUUUCAUCCCCCCGAAACCUGAAUUUAUUAAUGCCAUUCGCAGGAUCACUGAAGAAAAUAAUGCUCUUCUAAUAUUUGAUGAAGUUAUGACUGGAUUCCGUUUGUCAUACGGUGGAGCUCAGGAGUAUUUUGGCAUAACUCCUGAUUUAACAACACUAGGGAAGAUCAUUGGUGGUGGUCUGCCAGUUGGUGCAUAUGGUGGGAGAAGGGAGAUUAUGGAGAUGGUUGCACCUGCAGGGCCAAUGUACCAGGCCGGAACCUUGAGUGGGAAUCCCUUGGCUAUGACUGCAGGGAUACACACACUGAAGCGGUUGCAGAAACCAGGAAGUUACGAAUACUUGGAUAAGAUUACCAGUGAACUUGUUCAGGGCAUUAUUGAUGCUGGCAAGAAAACUGGGCAUGCAAUUUGUGGAGGCUAUAUACGUGGAAUGUUUGGGUUUUUCUUUACGGAAGGUCCUGUUUACAACUUUGCUGAUGCAAAGAAAAGUGACACAGCAAAGUUCGCCAGAUUUUACCAAGGAAUGCUGAGGGAGGGUGUAUACUUUGCACCGUCACAAUUUGAAGCUGGGUUUACAAGCUUGGCACAUACUGCUGAAGAUAUCCAAAAGACAAUAGCAGCAGCCGAAAAUGUUCUCCGGCAGAUUUAAAGCUUUUGUUCCUGUAUCUCGCUGUGUGAUUGUUGACGUAUCUCUCAUUUCAUGUUCCUCCUCGUUUCUAUUGCAUGAUUGCCCUUUUUUGUAGAUUAUGAAUAGGUAAUUGUUUCUAGUCAGCACUAUCGAGUAUCAGUAUUUCUGUAACUUGGCAAGUCGAGUGUAUCAUUUCUCUUAAUAAUAACAUUUUUCCAACA